GUUGUGUAUUUAUCCAUCCUCUCGCCGCACGAAGCAGUCAUCUUGAAACGUCGGUAUCGCGAACACAAUGAUUGCGUUCUCUUGAAGCUAAUCGGUCGCGGAAUUCAGAAAUCACGGAUUGCAUGAUUGCAACCGAUUAGAAACUAACAAAUAAUCACAGUGCAAUAAUCUCCAAACGUCCCUCAUUUUUCCAAUAAGCAGACAGCCGCAAAUAGUGCCAUCGCGAAAGCGCGUGAGAUAAGAACCUAGUGGAUGAGUGUUGUUGUAGUGGGUGCAGAAAAGAUUCUUCAUAGUCGCGAUUUUUUCACUUCCAGAAGCACCCAAUCAUAGAAGGCGAAGCGAAUCAUUAGCUGAAUCUCAGAAUGGGCGAGUCCAGCGGUCUAUCAGGCGCAGAAUGUGGAUCUUCCACGGCCGAGGACACACACAGCAAAGACGAGGAUCCUGUCCGUAAUCUUUUGGAGCCAUUUAGAAAUCUUCUUGGCCCCGGUAUGAGCCAUAUGACCGAUAUGACGAAACGGUACAGUCCCGCGUUCCCGUACCCCAAGGACAGACCGGCUUCACCAGCGGAAUUGAAAAAGCUGGUUUUGAACAGCGAACGGAUACGAACAAUGGUUGAAAAGGAAUCGCAGGGUGAUUCGAAGAAAGCAGCCGUGACGAUGAAUCUUGUGAAAAACAUUCUGAACGAAAUUGGACUGGAUGAAAGUUUGCCGAUUAUUCGCACACUUGGGACGAUUUUGAACUUCAUCUUCAGUCGAAUCCUCACCGGGAUGCAUGUUAAUGAGGAGAAGUUGGAGAAGCUAAAAUCCAGAUUCGGCAAACAAACCGUGUUAUAUUUACCCAGUCACCGAAGUUACGGCGACUUUAUACUCAUGUCGUAUGUUUCGUUCUGCCACAACAUCGCGAUUCCGGGAAUCGCUGCCGGUAUGGACUUUUACUCGAUGGCGUUUAUGGGAAACAUCUUGCGGAACACUGGUGCGUUCUAUAUGCGUCGGAGUUUCGGGAACGAUCGGAUCUACUGGAUUAUCUUCAAGGAGUAUAUGCGCCAGCUGAUGCGAGCCUACGAUAGUGGGGUGGAAUUUUUCCUGGAGGGCACCCGUAGUAGGAGUAAUAAGGCGCUCACGCCCAAAAUUGGACUGCUGUCGAUGGCGUUGGAGCCACUGUUUAUGGGAGAGGUACCGGACGUGCUGGUAGUGCCUGUUAGUGUGUCUUACGAUCGACCUCUGGAGGAACACUUGUUUGUUUAUGAAUUGUUGGGGGUUCCAAAACCGAAAGAGUCGACCAAAGGUCUGCUGAAGGCUAUGAGUAUACUUAAGGACAAUUAUGGCUCGAUUUAUUUCGAGUAUGGUGAUCCAAUUUCGGUCAAGGAAUACUUUGGAGCAGAUCUAAAUCGAUUCCAGCAUGCAGCUAAUCCCAGCCAUGUGCAAACACUGACGAAAUCGGAAUUGGCGUUGAUUCAGAACUUGGCCUUCGAUGUUGUUCAUUUACAACAGGAGAAAAUAGUUCUCACUACAUUCCAUCUGAUAUCGAUCUAUUAUAACUACCAAAAAUAUUUAGGGAAGCCUGUUACCUUGACGGAACUGAUCGAAGGAUUGAGUUUCAUGUUGGAUAUUUUUAAGGAUCUCGGGGCGGUAACAACGAUUCAAAAAGUCGGUCAUCUAGAAGAAGACAGAGAGCUGAUACGUGCUAGUAUCAUUGAAGCUCUUGCCGUGCAUCGAAAUAUUCUUCAACUAACGACGGAUGAUGUACUCGUAAUUACCAAAUCUCAUUACGAUUUUAGCCAAGUGGACAAGCGGAAACUCAAAGGCCACAACCUGUCGGAUGUUGUAAUGAAACUGUCUGUGCCAAUUUUCACCCUGCAGUUGUACUGCAACCCUUGCCUUCAUUGGUUGGCACAACCAGCGCUGGUGCUGCUGGCGGCUAAGAAGUUGUCCCGAGAGGGAGAAGUACGCUUGAGCGAGUUAAAAGAAGCAGUUGGUGAGCUAAGGAAUCUAUAUGCGAGUGAGUUUGUACUCCACGCUCGAAGAGAGCAACGAGAAUUUGAUGCGACAGUAGCACACUUGAUAAAGUUUGGUUUGAUGGCACAAGGUUCGGAUGAAUCAGUAGUGUGCUUGUUGUUAAACAGUGGGAACGAAAAUGUGUAUCUGAGCUCAGUGGGACCGUUUGUUUGCUGCUAUUUACAAAUUACCACCGUACUAUUGAAUAAGCUCUCCGAAUCACCUUUCAAAGAAAAAGACUAUCUAGCUAAAGUACAAGAAUUCGUUGAACAACUUCUGCUGCGGAAAGAUAAAAAUGUUCAUCCCUAUUGCCUCUCGUUAGACAGCAUCAGUCUGGCGCUGCACUCUUUGGUCGCGUUGGAUGCCAUCAGCAAAACGAAAGAAAACGACGCAACGCUGUUUAGCAUCGAUCCCAGCCGAAUCCACACCCUGAACGUGACACUGCAAGCGUACUGUGACGAGCUCCCGUUUGAGUAUCUGACCUUCCAGGGGGCCGUGACGGAGUCCAAGUUGUAGAAUUGGCUCCCGACGCCAGCUGAUCGAUCGAGGAAUUUCCUCCAGCUGGUUCGUCUGGUAUUCGCCAUUGUGAUGAGAUUGCUGCAGUGCAUUUUGCGCUUAGUGCGGCUGGUUGGAUUGCGAGCGCUCGCCGCAAUCCGGUGGAGAUAGUUACCCUAUCCGCGCGGCGCUUGAAUGAACACACGGUGUAUUGUAUGUAUGAAGAGGGAUGUUUUCAGGUAUGGUGUGUUGUGCAAUUCGUGUUUAUAACAAACUGUUGUUGGGAGCUUGCGUAAUAGGUAUGCGAUUAUGUAUACUCAUAAUAAUUAUGUUUCCCUUAGGUCAAUAUGCGAUAUGUAUUAAAAACUAGACUUCAAAUAAGUUGUGGAUAACGUUACGAAUGUAUAUAAUCGAUAGUAAUUGUGCUUCUGUGUUUAUCAAACGACUUCUCCAAAUUGUAUUGCUCACGUAGUAUUCAAUCAAGUAAAAAUUAAAUUAUUUUACAACAAUCGGUUCUAAGCGAUUAUACACUGCUUCGAAAUAUGCCCAAAAUUAUAUGAACAUCGAAGAAUCAGAUCCCAUCAACUUGUCUGUCUGGAUAAUUAGGGCAGAUAGGGGCAAUAUGACCGGGGGCGGGGCGAAAUGGGCCACAAUGACAUUUUUUUUCCAAUAAUUGUGUUAGAAAUACUCUUAUUAAGUAUCUCCGUGAAAACCGUAUUCAAAUUCAAUUGUUUUAUAAAGAUACUAGCUGACCCGGCAAACUUCGUCCCGCCCAAAAAAAUUUUUUUCGUUAUCACAUCCACGUUUUCUUACUAAGCGCACGUCCAUGGGUCCAAUAACAGAACUGUUCAUUGAUUGAUCAUCUAAUCAACUCUUUAAAACUAUUUUUUAAUAUAAAAUUUCAACACUUCUACCAAAAUUCGACAUUAUAAUAUCAGAUUAUUCUCAGACACAAUUCUCGUGCUAGAUUUUUCAUCCACUUUCAAAUAACAUGUUUCUUCGUUACAUGGAACAAAUGUUUGAUUCAGAAAAUAUGAUAGACUGAAGACAGUCCUAAAUCGGACAAUUCCUUUCUCGAGUUUUGCUCUUAUCAACCACAUUUGGCGUUCCAUUUUUAUUUAUAUAAGAUAGAAGACGAUAUAGGAGUGCGUUUUAUCACAUUAAAAUCCAUUUCCACUUUCGAACGAAGAUCAAUUUUGUUACCGCAAACAUCAAAUGGUCGGUAUUAAGUCAGAGGGGACCAAGUCGCAAAAUUGAAAAUUUCGAGUUAUUGAUUGCAUUAGGUUAAGCAUUUCGUGAGCUACAUUUCAAAUUAAUCAGAUUUGUAAAAUCACGCGUACAGCAGAAAUAACGUAUCGAAAUUGUUUCGAAUGCGCAAUGAAACCCCUUAUAGCACCAAACUUCAAGCUCGUUUUUCUCGAAAUCAUAAAAAUGUCACAUGGUCCGGUCUGAUUUAACACCGACCAAAUGGACUAACAACGCUUGUCAACAUGUUAUUGUAGAACACAUCCGAAUUGAAACGCACGUUUAGUUAACACUAUUGAGAAGUUAAUUUGAAUGUACAGCUGAACAAUUUCAACGCGUUGUUUAGGUGUGUAUUGUUCCAUGGUUAAAAUUGUACUGAAAUGACGCUUCCAACGCGGUAUGACAUUUGUUAAUCUGACAUCUCUGUCAAAAGUUAUGGGGUUGCCAAAUGCUUCCACUUUAAAUGGCCCACCCUGUAUGAAUUUGUGUUUCAUUUGUAUGGCAGCGUGGCCACCCUCCACCCCCCUUAGAGAAGGGGGUGGAGUUUCGAAUUAUCAUAAGAACCUUCCCUGACUCCAAAAACCCCUACAUAUUUUUUUAUUUUCAUGUCGAUCGGUUGAGUAGUUUCCGAGUCCAUAAGAAUCAGAUAGUGAAAUGGUGUUUAUCGACCUUUCAAAAGCGCCACCCAAAACUCUCACUUCGGACAUCAGAAGCAAUCUCCGCUGCCAGGGUUCAAAGAUUUAAUCGCCUUGCAGUCGGGAAAUUCUACGAUUUACUGGAGGACUUACAGCAGAAAUACAACAUUUCACCAGUGAGCCAAUUCAACGUCGAUGAGACAUUAGUGAUUCCAGUGCCAAAAAUCCAAAUCCUAGACAUACGGGGAAAAAGGCAGAUGUGCGCUAUAACUUGAACUGAGUGCUGGGUGCUGAGCACGGAAUAACGAUUAUACAAUUUUCCACAGAACACUCUAUGUUGCUACUGUGGGACACAAUUCAGUUCCUCUAUACUGUGUCCAACUUCUAGAAGACCAGGGUAUGAUCUUGCUGCUUUGUGUCAUUGUAAACAAACACGCUUCAAUUUGUAUUCUAAUGUAUUUGUAUUGGUAACUAUCAUACACUGAAUGAUUUUCAUAUGUGUGUGUACAAGUUUAGCGUAAACAAAUAUUUUGUAUUUUUCAAGUGUCAAGUUUCUAUAAGACCAGUUACGUUUUCCGUUGUUUUCAGUUAGUUUGAUUAAUAAAUCUAGAGAAUGCCGAAAGGAAAAGUACUCACGGAUAGAGAAAAAGGACAAAUCGAUGCAAUUCACCGAGAAAAUGUUGGAAUUAAAGAAUUUGCUCGUCGGAUUGGACGAUCCCAUCAAGUAGUUCUCAAUUAGUUGACGAAUCCUCGAGGAUACGGUAAGAAGGAGAGAGCUCUACGUAAAUCGAAGCUCUCUGACCGGGAUAAGCGGAAAAUAAUUGCGGAACUGCUUCGAAUACUGCGAAAUCGCUUACGCAAAUAAAGCAAUCUUUAAAUUUAAAUGUUUCAUCGGAGACAAUUCGUCAAUUUUUUGUAAAAAGUCCUUACAUAAAAAGGUUAAAGCUUCUAAUCCUACACCAUCUCACAUCGUAAGACGUCUGAGUUUUGCCAAAGCUCACAUGAAUCAACAGUGCGACAUGGUAUGUCAUGAAAAAGAACGUUUUGAAAAGAAUACAUUUUGCUACAUAACGAAAAGAUCCUCAUUUUUUUUACAUUUAACUUUGCUAGGUUAUUUUCAGUGACGAAAAAAGUUCAAUUUGGAUGGUCCUGAAGGUUUCAACGGGUAUUGACAUGAUUUACGGAAGAAGGAACAGUAUUUUACAACCAGGAAUUUUGGUGGAGGCUCGUGCAUGGUUUGGGUGGAAUUCUGUGCAACUUCAAAGCUCAAGAUAGCUUUCACAUCAUUCAAGGAUUACAUACAUGUUCUGAAAUCCAUGCGUGGAUAUCGUCACAUUCCAGCAAAAUAAUACUACUGUCAACACCAGCAAGGAAACUAAGCAAUGGAUUAAAGACCAAAAGCAUAAUUUUUGAGAGUGACUGGCUAGUUCUCCAGACUUGAAUCCUGUUGAAAAUCUUAGGAGGAUCCUUGUACGCAGAAUCUACACUGAAGGAAAGCGGUACACCACGAUUGAAGAGCUCAUGGUCGCAAUUUGGGAAAAAUGGAAAAAUGUCGAGAAAUCCGUUCAACAGAAUUUGGUAAAUAGUAUUCCAACACGAAUUUUCAAGGUUAUUAGUCGAAAUGGCAAGGUCACCAAUUAUUGACAUGUAAAUCAGCCUAUCGUUUUGAAUUUUUCAUUGAUAAUACUUAUGAAUUUUGAAAUGGUCUUAUAGAAACUGGACAGCUGAAAUUAUCAUAUUUGAGCACAAUAAAUAAACAAACUACUCUUAUGAACGAAAUUGACGUUAAAUAUACUUUUUUCUAAGCAUUUUACGAUGUAAGAAUGUAUCUUGUUGAAAUUCUAACUGUUUGUGUUGCAACGAAAUAUAAUCAGGCUGGUCUUAUAGAAGUUGGACAGAGAGUACGAUGCCACUAGUGGGUACAUAACUGCACAGA